AUGAUCAUCGGCCAUGGCGUGCCUAUUGACAUAGUCGUUCUCAUCUUUGUCCUUAUCCAUGGCCAGGUAACAAAAGUGGCGGCAAUCAAUCAUAUUGUUCCCGCUGAGCGCUACGCCCAGCGCCCAGCGCCCAGGGUGAAUUCGACGCUCGAAGCGGACAUUUCGGUCCAUCAGAACAAAGAAGAUGAAGAGAGGUAUGUCAAAUUGGUUCGAAGAUGGAACGCCAAGUUGGGGGGCCGUGGCCUCGAAGUCAUGUCGGGACCGGACUAA